GUCCAAUAAAUCAGCUGUUCGUUCGCAUCAAGCUGCUUUGCGCUGCACAAUCACACAUUGGAAAGCUGCUCAAUGGCGGCUGCUCUGCACACAGGAAGCGGGUCUGAAGUGCAGGCGAGUCUAAUCAUACGGUGUGACAGCAAAUCGAGUUCUAGUUCUCAGUAGUCGGUUGGUUUUUCUUAAUCGUUUCGGAUAUUUUGUAUUAAAUUUUAAAUCUGCAGUGUGAUAAUAGAAGCAAGCGUAGCGUUGCAUUGUAGUAGUCAUUUUUUGUGAAAAUAUUCCUCGCGGAACGGUUGAAAAUACGUCGUGAAUCGAUCAAUUGCACAACGAAUUGUGUGCCCAAUUGUCGAGAUUUGUUUUGUCUGUUUUGGUCGGCCCAACGAUUUGCCCUCUAAGGGCAGUUGGUCGCUACAAUAGUUUCGGCCGUGAAUAUUACUGCCAGGCGCUAAGCGAUGACCAGCCGCACAAAUUCGCCGGUUUCGGCCUCGUCGGCGGCUGGUAACAGCACCAACAACACCAUUGUUUCAGAGACCUUAACUGAAAUAUUCAGAUGUUUCAUUUGUAUGGAAAAAUUGCAAGAUGCUCACCUGUGUCCGCACUGUUCGAAAUUGUGCUGCUACCUAUGCAUUUCGCGUUGGAUUACGGAACAGCGACGACAGUGUCCGCAUUGUCGCGCCCCGUUGCGUAUUCACGAAUUGGUCAACUGCCGAUGGUUUGGAGACGUUGCACUUCAAGUCGAAAGCCUACAACAAAUAUGUGCCAAUAUCAAAGCUAGUCGAUUACUCCAGAACAAAGAUCAAGACCAGUGCCCUAUCCAUCAGGAGAAACUAACAGUGUAUUGUUGGUCAUGCAAGAGAUGCAUUUGCUAUCAAUGUGCACUGUGGGGAGGGACACAUUCGGGACAUUCUUUCAAACAAAUUGAACUUAUUUAUGAAUCUCAUAUCACAAAAGCUAAAGAAGAGAUCUCGCAACUCAAAGGACGUCUCAUAGAACUAAUUAACAUUAUACAGGAAGUCGAGCAAAAUGUUGAAAUCGUACGGAAUGCGAAGGACGAAAAAGUACGAGAGAUCCGCAAUGCGGUGGAAUUAAUGAUUGGUCGAUUAGAUUCACAAUUAAAAAUGAAGCUUGUGUCUUUAAUGCGUCACAAAAAUUCGCUAGCGCAAGAGAUCGAACAGUUAGAACAUUUGCUUCAAGAAAUUGAGCAGCAAAUAAAUUCGUAUUCGCGACCACAGUUGAUUGCUAAGUCGCCUGAAUUAAUCAAAAUGAUACAGCAGGUACGUAUGAAACCCAUUACAAACUACGUUACAUCUCCGAUCACGGCGGACUUCAGGAGUGAAAUUUUACCUGAAUAUGACACCGGAAGUUUUACUCUAAUGAACUUCAGUCAAUUGAAACAGAGCGGAAAGGCUGUGUAUUCAGAUCCUUUGGUAAAUUAUGGACUUCAAUGGCGUUUGAAGGUUUAUCCGAAUGGGAACGGAGCAGUUCGAGGCGAGUAUUUAUCAGUUUUUCUUGAACUGACUUACGGCUACCCAGAACCAAGCAAAUAUGAGUACAGAGUGCAGAUGAUCCAUCAAAGCUCAUCGAAAAUAAUUCAACGCGAGUUCGUUUCUGACUUCGAAGUAGGUGAAUGUUGGGGCUACAAUCGCUUCUUCCGGUUAGAUUUGCUUGCAUCGGAAGGAUACCUGAAUACAUUGAAAGACAGCUUAGAACUACGAUUUCAGGUUAGACCGUCUACCUACUUCCAACGAUGCCGUGAUCAGCAGUGGUAUAUCAACCAGCUGCUGCAGAAACAAAACGAAUUAGAAAAUGAAGUGAAAAGAUUACGAACAAAAGCUAACACUGAAGUUGACAGCAACGAAACUGAAAGAGCACUCUCCAGCACUAACUGUACGAAUUUUCCUUUGGAUAAUUCAGAGCUAGUGAAUUUGGGAGCGAAUAAUGACGACGAAAAUGAUGAAGUGCAAAAUUCAAACGAAGAGAAGUCAACAGGAACGGAGACUCACGACGCAGAACAAAACACUGUGGAAACAGACGACCACGGAUUCUCUGGAAUGUUAGAAUCCUUGUGUACCUUAAAUCUAUCAACCCGAGAAGUUGCUAGUGCUGUUGAUGUUGGUUCGAAGAAAAGCGCAGUUAACACUAAAAACGAGGAGUCAUUGCCGCUCGGUAUAUCGUUUUCGUCACCAAAUCUUCUCUCAACGAAUCACCGUCGGUGUGAAUGCACUUCUGAAGUAGACGAUGAUCUCUCAUCACUGUUGCAAGUAACGGAACAUGUACGAAGCGCAAAAAGCGCGACCAGCAGUAUGCGCGAAGAGCAAAAUGCAUUCGAAGAAAAUGAUCUCGAUACGACCACUUCGGAAGAGAAUGAUGCUGAAUAUAUUGAAUUUUCUAUGGCACAAGGUUUACCGCCAUUGCCAGAGAUAAAAACGGAGGACAUCGUGUUUUUGAGUUUAAUGGAAGAUUCAAGCGGUAUGAAUAAAGAAGAGAAAACACCGCCAGCUGUCGUAUCCUCUAGAAACACAUGCCGGCAGCCCAUUACUACUGCAAGUAUUCUAGAAGCGUUAAUGGAGCCGCCAAAACUAUCCUCUAAGCCAGUAUCUGAAUUUUGCAAGGGUGGACGAAGUAAUCACAAUUUUCCGACGACAGAAGGUGGAAUCGCGCGAAAUGCAAGUUCUGGAAAUGGGAUAGUUCUAUCAAAUAAGGAGCCUCCAGCUCGCGUUUCACAGCAGGAUGAUCGUACUUCAUUUGUUCGUCUUCUGGAAAAUAUCACGCUAUCGCCUAAAACUCGCCCAUCUUCCCCGCAAAACAAACAUGAUUUCGAUCUCAACGCAGAGGAUCUAAAUUCGUUUCCGAGUGUCUCGCAAAUAGCACGAGGUUCGUUUAAUGAAAGCUUCUGUGAACACAAUCUUUCGAAAAACCGAUCAUUUAAUGUUAUAUCGCCAAACCGACUAGAGCCACGAAGCCGCAGUUCAACGAAAAUUAGCCAUUCCUCGCUGAGCCCUGUCUCCCACCCAAGCGGAAGGCGGGUGAUAAAUAAAUCUGAUGGAGUUAAAUAUAAAACUAGUUCUACAAGAUGCGAUAUGAAUGACGAUGCGUCGCCUGCAAAGGCGCUGAACUUCUGGACAAACGUGUUUUUCUCCUCACCCUCCUGUGAAUCGCUAUCAAAUGAAGCAACGGCAGCAAAUGAUUUGAACGACCAGAGGCCAACUGCGGCUGCAUUGGUACUGGGUCGAAUACUAAAAAGUAAAGACAGCCCAAAACGCAUAUUUAAUGAUAACAACGAAGAAAUAAUUAUGAAACGAAUCUUUAACGAUAGCAGUGAAGAAUUGAUGGUAAGUCCACUUGGGUCGCCAGAAUUGAUCGGUGCGUCAUCAUUGAGUUAUACUAACCCCGCGACCCCAUUGUCGAAACGAAGUUCUAGUGCUUCGCGCCCGAUGUACUUCUCGUCAUCGAAAACGCAAGGUUCGCAUAGUCGUGCCAAUCAGCCAUCUGAUUACAACAAUCGAUCCGCAAAGCUGAAUAAUCGAGUUCUAAUUUUCGACGAUUGUAUUGAGUACCACCCAAUUGUACGCACGAAUAUGUCACAGGACCCAAGCAGUAGUAAUGGAAUGGGCGAUUGUGCAGAAUCAUUGCCUGCAAGAAAUGUACAAAGUGAGGUACAAAAGAAGGCAAUGUCGGGCGCCAAACGUAAAGAAAGGUAAUGAAAGAAAGCAAGAAAAUUCAUGAAGGACUAGCGGAGAGACCAAAUUCAUCUUGAAGAUAUUGUACUGCGUUUGCCUGUGAUUAUUGAACAGAAAAAGAUUAAUUUACAUUUUCCAAUGCUCAUUUAAAAUUACAAAUUAUUUAUAAUUCACCUGAUACAACUUUCCAUAUCCAUAUUCGUUCAAUUGUGAUGUAUUAUUAAUAAUAUUCAUUGCGUUAAAAUUUCUUAUUAUUA